CAAUCGUUAUUUCAGUGUCAUGCUAUCACUCGAGUGUCAUCAUUUCACAUCGUCGAGGUGCAAUGGCACAAACAAGCAGCAGGAGUAAUGCUGUCAGCGGCUUGCACUUGAUUGUUGACUGCUGUUCGUAUAACGCGUUUCGCAAUUGAGCUGCCCGAGCGGCUUCCGUAGGGGUCAGGCAGGCGGGGUGGGGGGGGCUCCCCCGCGUGUCACCUUCACUCGGGGCCUGAACAGCGCUUGGCCUUCGUCGCGUAGUCCAGGGCCUUCCGUGGCCAGAGCUCGGCCUUCAGUCAGCAGGGCCUGCAGUGGUCACACAGGGCUUUCCGCGUGCAGGGCCUUUGUCUAGUACAGUGCCUUCAGUGAGCAAUACAGGGCAUUGACGACACGGCUCUCAAGGGCCCACGCGGCCUUGGGGAACUUCACCGACUAACAGGGCCUUCGCGCGAUUCGAGAAGCAUCACCCUCGGGCCUUCGUGAGCGUGAGAGCCGGAGUAGAGCGUCAUGUGGCCGAUCAUCUGGACCGCGAUGCGCACCUACGCGCCCUACGUGACCUUCCCCGCGGCGCUGGUCGUGGGCUUCGUGGGCUACAACCUGGAGUGGAUGGCGCGCGGGGGAGACCUGGGGCAGCCGUACGAGGAGCGAGGGGUGCUGGAGCGACGCGAGGAGCGCCGGCUUCAGGAGCAGCUCCAUGACGUGGCCACCGGUGGCCCCGGCCACUUCAACAGUCUGCACGACGUGCGCGAGUUUGCGCCGCGCGCCGUGCUGGAGCGUAACCGCGCCGGCGGUGGAAGCGUGAGCUAGUGCGAUGCAUGCCGUGCCGUCGAGCCGACGAGUUGCCUUGAGCUGUGUCUGCGCCGCCUGUUGAGAUUGGUGUUGCGAGCAAAGGUAAUUGAUGUCAUUCCCAUCGUGACGAUUCGUCCGUGUUUGGCAGACGUUUCGUAAAAAUGUAGUGGUGUCCCAAUUAUUGACAAUGGUGCCACUACCACCACGUCUUUGCUGACAAUCGGAGGAAAUAGAUCAGUUAACAAGAUGGGAAUGAUAUCCAAAAAAUCGAAUAGAUAUUUUGUCAGCCUGUAAGUUUCUUUUAUAAAGAAUUUAAUGGGAUGGAGGUAUCUACACUGAAGACAAAAUAAUGGUGGAUCUAAUAACUUAAAGGUUCUCUAUAAUAUAUUGGCAAUGUAUCUGAUAUGAUAAUUGUGGGAGGGAUGAUUUCCUGAAUUGGUGUAAACUUCCUCUGCACUAGUAUCCUUCAUCAGGAUGAUGAUUGUUGGGACAUGUGGUCCCGGUGCUGAACAGGUUGCAUAGAGCUUUCAUGAGGUGACUCUGACCGUCUUGUAAGACAACUUGAAUGAAAGUGUACUCGAAAAAAAAAGUUUGAUCCAAUUUUUGUCACUUGGUCCUUCUUUGAUCACACCAGUGUCAGUUUGGUAUUCGUGUGUAAUGCAAUCGGUGUCACUACAAAUAUGGUUAUGAUUAUUGAUGGUGUGUUUGGUGUGGUGUUUGCCAGGUGACGUAACAGAAAACAUUAAAUUGCAUUCAUCCCACCUGUUCAUAUCUGCAGCCUUUAUUUGUAAUUGAGUAGUAUUAAAGCAAAUGUUGAAAGAAAUAAAUUUGCCAAAUUAUUGGUUGAUCUUUUUAUAUAAUGUAUUGUCUAACAUAUAAACCCAGAAAACAUGGACCAUUUUUCCAACAGACUGAAUAGCAAUAUUUUUGCAUGUGGCUAAUAUACCCUGGAAAGUUUUCCUGCGUAACUUAAGUUCAGUGCCCUAAUUAAUACAAUAUAAUUAGAGUGCUGCAGUACUUUUAUAUUAAUUGGCCUUUGUCUUCUCCUGUUAUGGUACAUGUAUUUUAUUUUGUGUUUAAUAUAUAGAUUGUGGGGGAAUUGUCCCUAAGGAUAUCAUAUAAUUAACACUUUUAGAGUUAACAUAGCUCUGGAAGGUUAUAACUGGAUACAAUAUGGCAUUCUCUGUUGUAGCUGCAUUUUGUGUUUAGUUUAUUGUCCUUUCCCCCAGCACCUCCGAUAAGUAUGGUUGGCUACGUACGGUGUGAAAGAAAUUCAAAAUAUAUCAAUACAUACGUAGCAACUGUUGCCUCAGGUUUAAAUGCAGAAGCUGUUAUGAGUAGUACAGAGUGGACCUAUCCGGAGUAGGAGGCUAUUGUGACAGUACAAGAGUUCACCUUCCACUUUGUGACCUUAAAUACUCCAUGCUCCUGUGUGUCAGUGUUUCUGAAUGCCGAGGCACUGGCUACGUGGAUUGAAACCGACACUGGUGAAAAAAACGCAUUGUUAUCAAACACUAAUUUAAAGACGAGAUAUGGUGUCAUUCUUAUCAAUGACUGCCAAUGUCUGUAAAUAUUGGAAACAUACUCUUUGGUUCUAUUCGGUAAAGUCACGUAGGUAAAAAAUAAAACAACAUGUGACUUUACGUGACUUUACCGAAUAGAACCAACGAGUAUGGAUCCUUGCAGUCACGAAAGCUUCAAAUCUAGAAUAUUGGAAACCUUCAGCAUGAUGUGGUAACCGCCUCGGGCUGUGGUUGCGUUGAUUGCCGCGGUGAUGCACGGCGAGUGGGCCGCACUGCACCAUUUACGCUGCAAGUUUACAGGCAGUGCUGUCGGUACAGGCAUUUUAGUCAAACCUGCUCAUGACUGUUUUGAACAUGGUACACAUUUGGAGGAUUGUGCUCAUAAGUACGAACAUUGGGAAUAGACCUAGUUUGGUUGUUAAAAGUGUUCCACCAUCAUUUACACAACAAACUGGAGGGCCUUAUUGAAUGAAUUCCACAGCCUGUAACAAUAAAUGUGCGUGGGCGGUGUUGUAAGACUGUGGUUUAUGCUGGGAACCAUUCACACUGGAUUUUUGCGCGAUGUGAAGCAUGUUCACAUCACCACAGUGCAACGUAAGACUCGGGUCCCUUGCUCCACCCUUACCCUGAUUGGUCGCCGGCUCACUAUACCACUGUGAACACAUUUACAAAGGCGCACUUGGCACAUUGUUGUAGGGGGAUUAUACAAGCGAUAUACACGGCGUUGUAUGGCAGGAGGUGAAUCCUCUGUGUUGCUGGGAUAUUGUUACCUAGGUUUCACCCGGCUAUUAUGUGUUGGCUGCGCAAUGUUUAUUUAAAAGACUGCUCGUGUCCCUCGUGAUUGGCCAACAUUGUACAAUGCUGGUGGGUUUCAGUGAAUUUAUGACGUGGCCUUUUCACAUAUAAGUUAAUGUGGAUGUGUAUGCUCAUAUGUAUACAUGUUUAAGCAGUAUUCCACACAGCAAGUUCAAUGUUGUAUUAUACAAAUAAUUGUAAUAAAGUUCUAUAAUUAUA